AAGAAACAAAGGCAAGCAGACAAACAGAAAAAAAGAAAGAAAGAGAUAGGCACAAAACAGAAAAAUAGACAGAUAGAGAAAUAGAGAGAGAGAGUACAGACAGACAGACAGACAGAAAGAAAGAAAGAAAGAAAGAAGAAAGAAAGAAAGAAAGAAAGAAAGAAAGAAAAGAGGCAGAAGUUUCCAGCUCAUUUGUUUUUAGUCAAUCUGUGUUUUGUGGUGUUAAUGAUUUCUAGCGAGGGUACAAAGAUAGGGGUAUAUAGAGGGUGUUGAUGCCAUAUUGGCCAUGCUCCAGUGAACCUUCAGUCAAGUACUCUGAUACAGAAGAGGGCUGGGAAAGGAGAGACACAGCAAAAUAGGCAAAGACAAAAACAGGAGAGGAAGAGUGUACAAAAGACAUUCAAGAGCGAAUGAAAGACAGAAGGAAACAAAGUCACAUACAGUUAGGGAGGCGAACUUAAUUUGACUUUAAACUAAGGAGGUGCUGAGUCAUGUCACUGGAAACUUUGGACAAUUAAGUCCAGACAAACAUAACCUCCUCUUGCAAGCGACGCACUCGUAUCCCUUUCGAUGUCUCUGUCAACAAUGGCAAAAGCCUGAGACCCCCACUUCAAACAGGAGCACCACGUGGAGCAUCUUCUUACAGUAUAACUUUCUUCUUGCCGGCAUUAAGACACAUGUCAAACACUGGAUGAAAAGCAGCGUGGAGGAAGUGCUUUCAUAACCCUGGCAUCAAGGACGUCUACUGAACUGGGACAAACUUAAUCAGCUGACUUUUAUAAAUAGGGAAACAUUUUGCGAAUUCUCAGAAUUUCGUUUACGGAAUUGGGGUAAUUCCGUCAAAUUUGUAGAGGUACGCACUUGAACAAUGACUCUUGUUUCUGGAUGAGGACUGUCAUAUCAAUUGGAAUGCUGAUAUAGCCGAUAAGCAGGCAUAUCUGAGCUGAAGGGCCAGUGUUGCACAUCAGCGGGAGAGAGAGAGAGAGAGAAAGAGAGCGAGAGAGAGUGCGCUUCUCUUCGGUGCACUAAGCCUUAUCAUCUUACCUGCAGACAGGAGAGAGGGAGGCAGAAAAGAACGAAAAAUCCAAACAGGAGUUUGAUAAACACGAGUAAAGAGGAUUUAGGUUCAAUGAGGACAUCUGUUUAGUGCAAGCAACGAGACAAAAACGGGACACAGAACGGUAGAUGUGUGCAUGUCUUUAAAAAAGACUGAGGAUUAACGAGACAGACAGGAAAAGAUGCCAGAAAACAAGCAGACUCUCCAGCGGACUGGAAGCUAUCUCUCCCAUUCUGCUUACAGGAAGAUAAAAAGAGUCCUGAGCUUUAAAAGACGUGUAUUUGGUCAAAGGUUGGAGGAGACAGUCCUGUAUGAGAGGAGGUACGGGGAUCACAUGGCCCCUCUGGUGGUGGAGCAGUGUGUAGGUUUCAUCCGAGAGCACGGCCUUACAGAGGUGGGACUCUUUAGGCAGCCUGGCCAGGCCACACUGGUUAAAGAACUGCAGGAAGCUUUUGAUGCUGGAGAGAAACCAUCCUUUGAUAGUAGCACAGAUGUGCACACAGUGGCGUCUCUGCUGAAGCUAUACCUCAGGGAACUGCCUGAACCCCUGGUGCCAUAUUCCCGCUAUGAAGAGUUUCUUGUUUGCGGCAAAAAGAUCCCCUUAUACAGAGAACAGGGUUUGCAAGAGUUGAGGAGUCUCCUUUAUGAGCUUCCUGUGGCAAACUUUAACCUGCUGAAAUACAUCUGCCAAUUUUUAAAUGAUGUCCAGUCAUACUCCAACAUUAACAAGAUGAGCAUCCAGAAUCUGGCAACUGUUUUUGGGCCAAAUAUCCUCCGGCCUAAAGCUGAAAAUCCAGAAAGUAUCAUUGGAGGUGCAGCAGUUGUGCAACAUUUGAUGUCAGAACUAAUUCGAGAGCACACCUUGCUCUUCUCUAGAGACAACUGCAACCUUCCAGAGGCUACUUUACCAUCAAUCCAUCCAAUUCACGGACAAAGCAACCUUGUGGAAUGGGUUCAUGGUGAACUACCUACACAGAGUGAAAAUCACACCCUACUUUCAGACCAGACUUCAGCUUGUCCACGCAAACUUUCUCUGCCACAUAUGAAAGAGAAGAGACAGUCUGUUCAAAGCCCUUGUAACAAAAACAAUAUAUCAGAGACAGAGCAACAGCUUACAGAGGGCCCUUCAUCUGCCAGCUCUGCCCUGAUUUAUGACAACUACAAUCAACAAAGCUCAGCAAGUGAAUUUCUCCAUACAAGACAUGAACUUUCACCCUCCACUCCACCACCUGCACGCCUGAAUAAGGUGCUGGAGGAUGGGGUUGAAAGUCGUGUGCAGUCAAGGAGCUGGCCUGAUAUGGAGGAGCCCAUUUGGGGACCAGAGAGAACCCUAGGGGAGAGUGGAGCCCUGGAGAGUACCCUGUCUGUCUAUGACAAUAUGGGUAUUGAAGAGCAUCAAGGCGAAGGAUAUACAGAAGACGAGAAGCUGAGCAUUAGUAUUGUGGAGACAAAAGGUGGUACUGCUAGUCCUGCUGAAAGCAGCAACUCUUGGUCCUCCUGUGAGAUCACGCCUUUGGAUGGGAACAGUGAGAGCAGCGGAGAAGCAACUCCUUGCCAGGAUUCCCUUGGACACUUCUCCUCUUUCAGAAUGGACUCUUGUGAGGAAGGCCCCCGUCCUUACUCCCCUGCCUCUUCUUCUGCUCCCACAGAUGCCCCUUUAAGUACGGGCAGCAGCGAGGUAUUUUUGCCAAAUGCUCCCCAUGAGCCCCUAGGCUUUCCAGCCUCCCAUGCCAUGCAAUGCCUUGUUGCAGGGCUUCGGCAACAGAUGGCCAGGCAAAAGGCUGAAUAUGAAGCAAAAAUCAACAGGUUGGAACAAAGAAACAAGGUACUACAGGGAGAAGUCACAGGGUUGCGUUCCACUCUGGAGCAGCAGCGCCGCUGGGUCAGCGUGGCUGAGAUCAAGAUGCGAAAUGUGGAGCGAGCCCGUGCUGACGCCGACAGACGGAACGCCACUCUGCAACGGGAGAUGGAACAAUUCUUUGAAACAUUUGGCGAGCUGAACGCCGAGGCCCGAAAAACCAGUCGGAUUGUUCAAAGUUUUUAAAACAUUCACAUUUUGUGCUACAAACCCGACUUGAGCAAAAAAGGUUUUCAUGUUUCCGACAACAUUCAAAAACAUUAUGAAUCCGAGUGUCGUCUCAGGCCUAUAGAAACAAGGACGCAUUCCUGAGAAAACAUUGCCCUAUUUUGAAGUACAGUUCACUUGCCUGAAGAACUUUCUGGACUAGCAUGUGCAAAGUAAUAUUAAACCAAAAGGCAAUUUCUGCCACGUAAGCAAUGAAAGAUAAUGGAAUGACCUAAAAGUAGGAUAAAAUAUAGUGAUGACUAGUAAGCAUGGAUACCAUGAGAAAAGAGAUACUGAUGAUCAGCAGACACUAUGCUCUUAAAAAUAAAGGCUUCUAAAAGGAUCUUUUGGGUCCAUGAUGAACCUUUAACAUCCACAGAACCUUUCUGUUGCACAAAGAAUUCUUUGUAGUGGAAAAAGGUUCUACAGACAAUGAAAAAGUAAGAAACCUUUCUACUUCUAUCUUAUGGCAUCACUGAGAACCUCUUUGAGCAGCUUUAUUUUAGGGCAUGGUACGGAGUGCUCAAACUAGUCAAACGAACCAGUCUUUUGGAGUGAGACGAGCUUGGGCGUGGUUCGGUUUGAAAAGUGAGUUCCCCCUAAAGAGUUUACCCAGAUAGCAAUAGACGUCGGCACACUGUCAGAAAAAAGGUACAAAACUUGACCUUUUCUGUAACUGGGGUGUUAUACCCAAAGGGGUAUACCUUUGGGGGCACAAUACCCUAAGGACCUAUUGUGUACCUUUAUGGACCACCCCAGUGACAGAAAAAGUAGUUUUGUUCCCUUAAAGGCGGAGUCCAUGAUGUUUGAAAGCCAAUGUUGAUAUUUGAAGUCACCUAAACAAACACGCCCCUACCCCAAUAGAAUCUGGACCUUCUGUUGAUAGACCCGCCCCACACAUACGCAACCCGGCAUUUGAUUUGAUUGGCUAUAAGUGUGUUUUGGUAGUCGGCCCGUCUUCUUUUCCAAAGCGUUUUUCAAACAUCGUGGACUCCGCCUUUAAUGUCUGACAGUGCCGCUCCGCAGACCCCAGAGUCUAUUGUUAUCUGGGUAGGGAUGUUUUAAACAGUUUUUUCAGAUGAGUUUAAUGAGAAGACAGAGUUAGAAAGACUUGGUCUCGGUUGUGGAACACUACGUUCCGAUUUCUUUUAUUCAGUCAUGUGUAAAUAACGGGACAUAUUCACACCUUGUACAAAACGCAUCAAGUUCGUACACUGAAUGUAUUUGUACCAUAUGAAGUGAAAUAAUAAA